CUUCGCCUGCCACCGGGGUUUGUAUGAAAACACCCGGCGGCGGGCGGCGAGGAAUCCGUCGUGAGCCGGGAGAGCAGCCGCGGGUGCUGCUGACGCCGAACUGGGUGCUGCGGCUCUGCCUGGUCCCUGCCAGCGCCCCAUCCUGAGCCGAUUAUCUGCAAUGGUGAAAUGAAGUAACUCAAGAUGAGCAAGUUAAAAGUGGUACCAGAGAAAAGCCUUACCAAUAAUUCUCGGAUUGUGGGACUCCUGGCUCAGCUGGAGAAGAUCAAUACUGAAUCUACAGAAUCAGAUACUGCCAGAUAUGUUACAUCAAAAAUUCUUCAUCUGGCUCAAAGUCAAGAAAAAACAAGGAGAGAAAUGACAGCCAAAGGUUCUACAGGAGUGGAAGUUCUGCUGUCAACAUUAGAGAACACGAAAGAUCUUCAGACUACACUGAAUAUCUUAAGCAUUCUUGUUGAGCUGGUGUCAGCUGGUGGAGGUCGGAGAGCGAGUUUCUUAGUCUCCAAAGGUGGUUCACAAAUAUUAUUACAGUUACUUAUGAAUGCCAGCAAAGAAUCUCCCUUGAAUGAGGAGUUAAUGGUGCAGAUUCAUUCUAUUCUUGCAAAGAUUGGGCCAAAAGACAAAAAAUUUGGAGCGAAAGCUAGAAUUAAUGGCGCUCUAAAUAUAACCUUGAAUUUGGUCAAACAGAAUUUGCAGAAUCAUCGCUUGGUUUUGCCUUGCCUUCAGCUUUUACGAGUAUAUUCCGCCAACUCUGUGAAUUCUGUAUCUUUAGGGAAAAAUGGAGUUGUGGAACUGAUGUUUAAAAUCAUCGGACCAUUUAGUAAGAAGAAUUCGGGUCUUAUGAAGGUUGCUUUAGACACUCUUGCUGCAUUGCUAAAAUCAAAAACAAAUGCCAGGAGAGCUGUAGACAGAGGCUAUGUCCAAGUCCUUUUAACAAUUUAUGUAGAUUGGCACCGCCAUGAUAAUCGGCACAGGAAUAUGCUCAUUCGGAAAGGAAUUUUACAGAGUUUAAAAAGUGUUACAAACAUCAAGUUGGGAAGAAAAGCAUUUAUUGAUGCCAAUGGGAUGAAAAUUCUUUAUAACACUUCACAAGAAUGUUUGGCAGUCAGGACCCUCGAUCCUCUUGUCAACACCUCCAGUCUGAUAAUGAGGAAGUGUUUCCCUAAAAAUCGCCUGCCACUCCCCACGAUUAAAAGUUCUUUCCAUUUCCAGUUACCAGUUGUUCCUGUGACUGGACCCGUGGCCCAGCUUUACAGUUUACCCCCAGAAGUGGAUGACGUUGUAGAUGAAAGUGAUGACAACGAUGAUAUUGACUUAGAAGCUGAAAAUGAAACCGAAAAUGAAGAUGACCUAGAUCAAAAUUUUAAGAAUGAUGACAUUGAAACAGAUAUUAACAAACUGAAACCCCAGCAAGAACCAGGACGAACCAUUGAGGAACUUAAAAUGUAUGAACACCUUUUCCCUGAGCUUGUUGAUGAUUUUCAGGACUACGAUUUAAUCUCCAAAGAGCCGAAGCCUUUUGUAUUUGAGGGGAAAGUACGCGGUCCCAUUGUUGUUCCCACGGCAGGAGAGGAAACAUCUGGGAAUUCAGGCAGUUUAAGAAAAGGCGUUGGAAAGAAGGCAACUGUGUCUUCUAAAGGAGAUGAAGAUAAUAGGAACCCUGCCUCUGUGGACCUGGCCAAAGAAGACAUCAAAGACAACGACAGGAUGUUACAGCAGCAGCUAGGCGAUCAAAGCAGAACUAUUUCAUCAGCCCAUGGCUUAAGCAAUGAUAUUGUGAAGGCCUUGGACCGAAUCACAUUGCAGAAUAUUCCUUCCCACAUGGCCCCAGGUUUUACUGCAGGAGCGAAGAAGGAGUACAGUCUUCCGGUCACUCUCCUUCCAUGCACUAAUGCGUGUCCACACGUGGCUGCUUGUGGGAAUGUUCUGUUUGAGGGAAGAACAGUUCAGCUAGGCAAGCUGUGCUGCACCGGAGUCGAAACCGAGGAUGAUGAAGACACGGAGUCUACUUCAUCCGUGGAACAAGCAUCCGUGGACAUCUCGGAUGGACCAACACUCCACGACUCAGAUCUUUAUAUAGAGAUCGUGAAAAGUACCAAGUCUGUCCCAGAAUAUUCAGAGGUGGCUUAUCCUGAUUAUUUUGGUCACAUUCCCCCUCCAUUCAAAGAGCCUAUUUUAGAAAGGCCUUAUGGUGUGCAAAGGACAAAAAUUGCCCAAGAUAUUGAGAGGCUAAUACAUCAGAGUGAUAUCAUUGAUCGCGUGGUAUAUGACUUAGAUAACCCAAACUAUGCCAUUCCAGAAGAAGGAGACAUUUUAAAAUUUAACUCCAAAUUUGAAUCUGGGAAUCUGCGCAAAGUAAUUCAAAUUAGAAAAAAUGAAUACGACCUUAUUCUGAACUCAGAUAUAAAUAGCAAUCACUAUCAUCAGUGGUUUUACUUUGAAGUCAGUGGAAUGCGACCAGGCGUUGCUUAUAGGUUUAACAUCAUUAACUGCGAAAAGUCCAACAGUCAAUUUAAUUACGGUAUGCAGCCACUUAUGUAUUCUGUUCAGGAAGCAUUAAAUGCCAGACCAUGGUGGAUUCGUGUGGGGACUGACAUUUGUUACUAUAAAAAUCACUUCUCAAGAAGUUCAGUUGCUGCAGGUGGGCAAAAGGGAAAAUCCUACUAUACAAUUACAUUCACUGUCAAUUUCCCACAUAAAGACGAUGUGUGCUAUUUUGCUUACCACUAUCCAUAUACGUAUUCCACUUUACAGAUGCAUCUUCAAAAGCUGGAAUCAGCACACAAUCCCCAGCAAAUCUAUUUUAGAAAAGACGUGUUAUGCGAAACCCUGUCUGGAAACAUCUGUCCCUUGGUGACUAUAACAGCAAUGCCAGAGUCUAAUUAUUAUGAACAUAUCUGUCAAUUCAGAAACCGCCCGUACGUUUUCCUAUCCGCUCGGGUCCAUCCUGGAGAAACUAACGCAAGCUGGGUCAUGAAAGGCACCCUGGAGUAUCUCAUGAGUAAUAACCCUACCGCUCAGAGCUUACGAGAAUCUUAUAUUUUUAAAAUUGUCCCUAUGCUAAAUCCAGAUGGUGUCAUCAAUGGAAAUCACCGCUGUUCUUUAAGUGGAGAGGAUUUGAAUAGGCAGUGGCAAAGUCCAAAUCCAGAUUUACAUCCUACAAUUUAUCAUGCCAAGGGUCUGCUACAAUACCUGGCUGCAGUCAAGCGUUUACCACUCGUUUAUUGUGAUUAUCACGGCCACUCCCGAAAGAAGAAUGUAUUUAUGUAUGGUUGCAGCAUAAAAGAGACAGUGUGGCACACCAGUGACAAUGCAGCUUCAUGUGACGUCGUGGAAGAUGUGGGAUACAGGACAUUGCCUAAGAUUCUGAGCCAUAUUGCCCCAGCAUUUUGCAUGAGCAGCUGUAGCUUCGUAGUAGAAAAAUCUAAAGAAUCUACGGCACGUGUUGUCGUUUGGAGAGAGAUAGGAGUGCAAAGAAGCUACACCAUGGAGAGCACUUUGUGUGGCUGCGAUCAGGGAAAGUAUAAGGGUUUACAAAUUGGUACUCGAGAACUGGAAGAGAUGGGAGCAAAAUUUUGUGUUGGCCUUUUGCGUUUGAAAAGACUGACAUCCCCGUUGGAGUAUAAUCUGCCUUCCAGCUUGCUUGACUUUGAAAAUGACUUGAUCGAAUCAAGCUGCAAAGUAACUAGCCCCACCACCUACGUUUUGGAUGAAGACGAACCUCGAUUCCUUGAGGAAGUUGACUACAGCGCAGAAAGUAACGAUGAGUUAGAUAUUGAAGUGGCCGAAAACGCAGGAGACUAUGAACCUUCUGCGCAAGAAGAAGUACUUUCUGACUCUGAAUUAUCGCGAACAUACCUGCCUUGAGCCCUUUGCGAUCUCUUGUUAACUUGCAAAGAAGAAAUUAACUAUCUUGGGUUUUAUUAUACAGGAAGUUUGAGAGACCUGAGUGUCCAGAGAGCCAACUCAGAAAGACAGAAAGCACCUCGGGCCUGUUUUGGUUUCAAGACAAUAAAUGUGUUUAUUAAUUCAUGAUGAAAUUGGCACUUGUUUUAUUUUAGAUCUUCAGUGCACUUUACUUAGCAUUGAAGUAUCAACUAUUGGAUUUACUUUUUAAAAAAAAAAACAAAAAACCAAAACCCCUGAGUAUCACUGCAUGAAUUUUUAUCUCCUUAUGGCUAUAUACUGCAUCAAAUGGAUAAUUCUGAAGUGUGUGAGACUAUCAAAUCUAAAUUCUAGAGUUGUUGAGAAUCCUGAGUUGUUGAAAACUUAAUAUAUAUGUACAUGGAUUCCUGUAGAUGUGUCUGUGUGUGGGGGGGUGGGUAAAUAUUGAAAAGAAGAUUGUUCUUCAGAAUCAUGUUCACUGUUGAGUUGUGACUGAAAUAAUCCAGAGUUUGCCUUGAAAACAUGACAUUCUUCAUUUACCAAAUUAAAUAAAAAUAUAUUAAACGUU